AUGUCUCCUGCUCCCUCCCUCCCUGGUGCGGUGCAGUAUAUGCGCUGCAUCAAGUGCAGGGCAGCAUUUGCCGUGGGCUCCGGCCCGGUCUCCCAGCGAGACCAACUUUGCCCAGUUCACCGCUGGCUGGAGGGUCUACCUCCUCCCGGUGAGGGCCUUUCCGUUCUCCUCCCCCCCGCCGCAUCUUUUGGCUUUGCCGCCGAACACGCCACCGCCGCCAGCACCGCACUUUCCCUCUCUGGCGCCGGACCCGCUCUUGCCCGCCUUCUGCCCGUUGCUCCCGUUCCUACCGGCUGCCCCCGAGACAUCUGGCGGGAGGUGCCGGUCUGGCAAGUCCUCAUGAGUGAUCACCUCGAUCACUACUUCUUCGCCCUGCCCGCCGAGCCCGAACCAGAGCCAGUCUUUACCGACCAGCUCCCCCCCGCCGCCACCGCAGAGCCGCCGUCCGUCUCGCCGCUCCCCGACGAGAAGAAAGAAAAGGACGAAGAGGAUGAUGCCGAUGAAGAAGACGGCGAAGGCAACGAAGGGGAAGAAGAAGAAAUAGACCCAGAGGCCCCCUACGAGGAGACCUCCGACACGGAGUCAGAGGAAGACCCCUCCCUCUACCCGAUCGACCAGUCGGAGGUCAUCACGCUCUUCCAGGAGCGGGCCGAGGCAUUCCCUUCGGCGGCGGAGCUCCGCCAAACGACUCACCAGAAUUGGUUGUUGCCCCACUACAUCGUCACAAUAGGGGUUAAUUAG